AAGAAGAAGCUGAAGCAGAAGCUGAUGAUGAAGCCAGGAACAGAAACAGGACGUUGCGUCUAAUCUGAGAAGCUGCAGACUGCUGAACAUGAAUACACCUCAACCUGUUUAGCUUCGGACACUCAACCUGAACCACAGACUGUCUACCUGUCCUCCAGCCCGCUGAGACAGCUGGACUUGACCGGUUCAUCAAGCUCACUGAAGUUCCUCCCUUCAUCCACUCAUCAUGGUGGACUACUACCAGGUUUUAGGAGUACGGAGAGAAUCGUCUGCGGAGGACAUAAAGAAAGCCUACAGAAAGCUGGCCUUGAGGUGGCACCCUGAUAAAAACCCAGAGAACAAGGACGAUGCCGAGAAGAAGUUCAAGGAGCUGUCGGAGGCUUAUGAAGUCCUGUCAGACGCCAACAAGAGGACCUUAUAUGAUCGCUAUGGCAAAGAGGGACUGACGGUGAACAACGGAGGAAGAGGGGGACAUUACCACAACGGAGAUCAUUUCCAUGAACCAUUCACAUUCCGCAACCCAGACGACGUCUUCAGGGAAUUCUUCGGAGGCAGAGACCCGUUUGCAGACUUUUUCGGUGCAGAUCCAUUUAGUGAUGAUCCAUUUUUCGGCAAUGGCCGGCGGCACCAAGGUCGGGCGAAUCGCAACCGGAACAGUGGCUCGUUUUUCGGGGGCUUUGUUGGUUUCCCUCCCUUUGGUGCUGGCUUCUCACCUUUUGACCCAGGCUUCGGUACUUUUAAUUCUAUGAGCCCUAUGGGUCAUAUGGGUCACAUGGGUCACAUGACAACCAUGGGCAGCCUGGGAGGUGGAGGCUUCACCUCUUUUUCCUCCUCCUCCUAUGGGGGGGGAGGAGGUGGAGGUGGCGGUGGCAUGGGCAACUUCCGCUCUGUGUCCACCUCCUCCAAGAUCAUCAACGGCAGGAAGAUCACUACUAAAAGAAUCGUGGAAAACGGUCAGGAGCGGGUGGAGGUGGAGGAGGACGGGCAGCUGCGGUCAAUAACCAUCAACGGUAAGGAGCAGCUGCUGCGACUGGAACACAAGUGAAGACCGGAGCGUCCUCUGCUGGAGACGUGUUACCUCAGCACAAACAUACCAACAAACUUGAGCUUGAAACGGAAGGCGGAAAAAAAAAAGCAACAAAACAAUGUAAUAAUAGUGUUCUACUGUUGUUUGGAUGUACAUACUUAGGUUGUGUUUAUUUCCCCCUUCAUGUCCUCUCCCUGCUGACUCUCAUUUGUUAACCAAUUAUUCAGAUCCCAGGAUUUGGAUGCAGACUUUUCUAUGCAUUUUGUUAAUGUAUUUCUGAAUUGGAGCUGUCCUUAUAUUUUGGCUCAGGGUGGUGUUAUUGUUUCCGUGUUUGGGACCACAUUAUUGUUCUGAUGUAUAUGACCAGCCCCCCCGGCCCCCUUCCUCUGUACUUUCUGUAUGCACUCCACUGUGUGUCCGUCUGUGUCUGCAGACAGCACACACACUGUGUUCAGAAAAAAACAAAGCAUGACUUUGCUUUUUUCAUCUGAAUAGUAAAAAAGAAAGUGUCGCAUUUUAUUUUAAGAAAAGUGGGUAGAAAUGUCUGAAGCAUCUCCCCCCGCCUCCCCUCUCUGUUUACUGCUUGUCUAACCUCUUCUUAGUAAUAAUUCUUUUUUUAUUAAAAAAAAAAUAAAUACAAUGCUGGUAGGAUGAGUUAUGCAAUUUUAUAUGUUCUAAUACCAAUGUGUUUUUUGUUUAUUUAAUUAUGCAUGUACACCUGUUGAUGUUGAGUCUUAAUGUUACAGCUGCAUUAUGAUGCACAAAUAAUGAAGGCAUUCUAUAAAUGAUAUAUGGAUAUAGAAGGAAUUUUGUGUACUUUGUAAACCAAUAAAUCUUGAGUUUCAUCCUGUUUUCAGGAUGUUAAA